AUGUCCUCAGCAUGGAAUUACACUCGGACGUUGGAUGCUGUGAGCGAGCUCCCCGAGACCGACUCAAAACGAAAAAGGGCCAUCAAACGCUGCAUAUGGUUCAACCUAUUGUGUGUGUGUGUCUCGCUAGCCACAGUCAUCAUGGAAGUUUUCAUGUUGAUGGCACUGCAAUUCUGUGAUGGCGAGGACCUCAUGUCGCUAUAUUGGUCGACCUUCACCAUGGUUCAGGUCGGAUCGCUCAUGGCGGUGUGCGGAAUUAUUCUCGCUCUCGUCCAUCAACUUAGACAGCGAAAAAACCCUCCCUGGGCCCUUGCUCUCGGCACGCCCGUCCUAGUCAUUGCGGGUUUGUUUCAUUACAUCCACUUGUGCAUGACUCGAAGGGUGAAGAAGGCGAAGGUGGAGAGGAAGAUGAAGAACAGCGAUAAUGGAACGCUGCCAAUGAGCCAAGUAAACACAAUCCAAGUCGAGUCUUCUGACGAGGACGAGCCCGUUCGCGGGGCCGAGAUUAUCGGGCUUACGAUGGAAGGCGGCCCAAUCAUCCACUUCAAAGACGCGGUCCCCUAUAACCUUCCAGACUCGAGCGAAAUCAUCGGGCGCUGCGUAAAUGACAAACCCAUUGUCAUCUGCCGCCGCGAUGGCUUCCAACUGAUCUGCAACGGCCAGGACGAGCGGACGCCAUCUCCUAACCCAGCAACCAAGAACGCCGGCUGA